AAUUGUAAUAGCUAAUAAAAUUAAUAAGCAUAAAUACUAAAAAGUACACCUUAUGCAUAUUAUGAAGGGAGAGAAUGAUGACCCCCAGAAACUACAAUGCAACAACAUUCUAAGGUAUGAGUUACAGUGCCAAUCAAACGAUGAUUCUAAUUGGACGAUGUAUACUACUGAUAGCAGUAUGACGUAUUACACGAUCGUGGAUCUAGUUGCAUGUAAAGAAUACAGAUGCAGGGUUCGAAUUGUGAACGAUGCUGGCUUAUGUGGACCAUGGAGUGAGUAUGUAACAACACGGACAACACCGACUGAACCAAAGAAGAUCGCAUCUGUGAGCAUUGUUAUGAUUGGAGUAACUGAAAUUUCCCUAACAUGGGAAGAGACUGAAAAUGGAAACUGUCCUGUUACCUACAACGUCACUUAUAAACCAAUCAUAUACGAUAUGUGUGAUGAAACAAACGAUGGGGUCAUUAAAGAGGGUCCUAUUCAAAUCACUUCAUACACUAUUUCGGAUCUAACUGCGUACUCUAAAUAUGAAAUCAUGGUCCAGCCCUCGUCUGAAGAUGUAGUUGGACCGCCUUCAGAUAAACAAACCAUACAAACCAACGAGGACGUUCCAACUGGUCCACCAACAUCUCUUCAGAUAUUGUCCAUUGGUUUUGACUCGGUUUCAAUUUCGUGGGAUCAGCCAAUAUGCGGCGAAAGAAAAGGUGUUGUAAUAUAUGAUUACAAACUGUUUGUGGAUAGAAUGGAAAUUGAAGACAAAACAAAUUUCACAGAUACAAGCAAAACAUUUGCUGAUCUUCUUCAAUGCACAUUUUACACCUUUGAGAUAACUGCUAAAACGUCAAAGGGGAAUGGACCGUACGCAACCGUGAACAUUGCAACUUCAGAAAAAGCUCCAGAUCCUGUGGAAAAUAUCGAAGUAGAUGGUGUCUCAUACGAACAAAUAAAUGUGACUUGGGACAUUGUUGAAAAUGGGAAUUGUUCUGUUGUGUAUGGUGUAAGCUACCGUCUGACCAAUCGAGACCAAUGUGAACCGUUCAAUUACACAGAAUUCAAAAGUGCUUUAAACGCUACAACAAAACCUUUUUGCAGUUUAAGUUCUUUGGAACCAUAUUCUACUUAUGAAAUAUUAAUAUUACCUUCAACCGGUGACUUUACAGGCAAUGACUCAGUGAAACAAGAAACUACAAAAAUUGCAGCUCCAGAUUCAGCACCUCAGAUAGAUAAUGUUUCAGAUCAGAAGCCAAGGUCAUUGACUUUAUCAUGGUCGGAUAUCCCAUGCGGUCAGCGUAAUGGUGAUACAGUAUACCAGUACUCAUUGAGUGGUCCCGAUAAUUUGCUUAUACAGCAAAACACAAAAUCAAUCACUGUGACUAUAGAUCAUAGUAUAGAACCAUGCAAUAACUACACAUUUGAAGUCUACGGCAGAAACUACAAUCUCAAUGGGCCCAUCUCGAGCCUAAACCUUACCAGUGGCACUGAGGAGCCAGGAGAACCUAAAAUUAUUAGCGUCGCCUCUGAAAAGGAAAGUGUAACAGUAAAUUGGAAUGCUCCAACCGAUAAUGAUUGUCCAAUACUUAUGUAUACAGUGACAUUGAAGUCAAAAGAUAAGGUCGUAAAAAAGAAAAAUGCAAGCGGGUCUGAUAGAGAAAUUAGGUUUACGAGUGGUGAUGGUGUCAAACCAAAUACUGAGUACACAGUUCAGAUUGUCGCAGCUAACUCUGCCGGUGUUGGAGAAGCGAACAAAGCAAGUACGGAGACAUCAGUUAGAGCGGGACUAAUAAGCGGACUUACAAUUCCAUUUGGUAUUCUCAUUAUAAUAUUGAUCAUCUCAUUUGUGCUGUUGCAAAGACGUCGUUCUGGAAAAGAAGCUAAAAAUGUAACUGGAGAAGACACAUUUUCAAAUACUGCUUCUGAUUCAAAUGAACUUAGGAACAUUUCUCCCAAAACUACACCAAAACAAAAUCUGAAACGGAAACCAAUCACCUACCAACCAGUACGUAUGAAUAAAUUACACGAAUAUGUUCGGAAACGCUGCAGCCAUAAAACAGAAAACUUCCAAACAGAAUUUGAAGAACUGGGAUGCAGCAUAUUACAUCCAUGUACCGAGGCAAAGAAAUACAUCAACAGGACUAAAAAUAGAUAUGCUAACAUUCUUACAUACGAUCAUUCGCGUGUUGUUUUGGUCGAUUCCAGUGAUCAAUCUGACUACAUCAACGCCUCCUAUAUAAAAUAUAAUGAUAACACGUAUAUUGCAUCUCAAGGUCCCAAUGGAGCUAGUGUUAAUGAUAUGUGGAGAAUGGUUUGGCAAGAGAAAACUGGUAUCAUCAUCAUGGUUACCAACUUAGUUGAAAAAAGAAAGAUAAAAUGUGAACAGUACUGGCCUAAUGCAAAUGAAGGACUGGCGUAUGGUGAUAUUACUGUUCAAAAUGUUGGUGAAGAGACAAACAGAUAUUUUACCAUCAGAACAUUUCAGAUACUAAUGGGAGCAGGUGAAGAGGCAGAAAUACGUCAUGUACUACAAUACCAUUUUACUGCAUGGCCUGAUAUGGACGUGCCAGCCUCACCAGCUCCUUUGCUGGAGUUCGUUUACCGAAUCAAAAACUCUAAGAAAAUUCUUUCCGCUGAUACUGGACCAAUUAUAGUUCAUUGCAGUGCUGGAGUUGGAAGAACUGGAACUGUGAUCACAAUUGAUGUAAUGUUGGACAUGGCCAAGGAGAAGAGAGAGAUCGACGUUUUUAACUUUGUGAAAGUCAUGCGAAAUAAUCGGUUUAACAUGGUGCAAACCAAGGAUCAGUAUAUAUUUAUCUAUGAGGCUAUUUUGGAAUGUUUUUUUUGUGAACCUACACACAUACCUUCAGAAUCAUUUACAGAAUCCUUUACGAAAAUCAAAGGGAUGAAGAGUCAAAUGGGCAAGACCAUUAUGCAAGAACAGCUCAACACCCUGAAUGCCCUCGUACCACUUCCAACACCGGAUAAAACUAAGGCAGCGAAUGAUCCAGCAAACUCCGGAAAGAAUAGAUAUCCACGUAUAGUUCCAAUGGACAAUGCAAGACCCUUACUAAUGACUACAGAUGGAGAUAGAAACAAUUACAUAAAUGCUUCAUUCUGUAAAGGCUACGGACAACGGGGUGAUAAAUAUUUAGUGACACAGGCGCCGAUGACAAACACCGUGUCUGAUUUCUGGAGAAUGAUCUAUGACUACAGAUUAUACACAAUUGUAAUGCUGAACGUUGAGGAUGCAGAUGACAAGACUAUUGGCAUGUAUAUUCCCCUUGAUCUCAAAGUCGAAGUGAGGAUGGGCCCAUUUGCUAUUGAAGUUGAGAGUGUAAAAGAAUGUAAUUAUGUUAUAAAACGAACAUUGCUGUUAUCAAAGGAUAAUGAAAAACCACGGGAAAUCCACCAUUUUCAAUAUCUCGACUGGCCCAAAGAUUUACAAAAGCCUCCAUCCAUGGAAUCAUUCUUUCAAUUGCGUUCUGAUGUUGAAAAGGCUCAGCGAAUUAAUCCCGAUAGCAUAAUGGUCAUUCAUUGCUUGGAUGGUAGAAGCCGUAGCGGAUCUUUCUGUGCAAUGGACAUGAUCAUUCAAAUGAUAAAUGAGGAAUCAAUUAUUGACGUCUUUCAGAAUGUCAAAAAGAUUAAAAUUAGUUGCCCAUGGAUGUUCAAAUCAAAGGAUCAGUAUGAACUUUGCUACGAGAUGGCACAAAGUUACUUGGACUCAUUUAACAUUUACGGAAAUUUUAAAUAAACAAGUUCAAGAUUAAAGUACAUUUUUCAAAAAUGUACGUUACUAAAUGUACAUGGAUCUUUGAUAAUAAUGGCAUGUUCUUUUUUGAUACUUUUUGAUAAAUUUCAAACUGAUCAAAUUACAAUCCUGAAAAGAGAUGAUUGAAGAUAGGAGUUGCCACAAAUCUACUACAGUAUAAUAUUUUAAGGGACACACCAGCAUGACUGCAUUUGUCAUUAAAUUGUGUUGUCAAAAACGAAAA